UUAAUGCGGCGAAGAAGAAGAACAUAAACAAAUAUGGCCGCCUCCAUAGACGCUGCAGCUUUAGAGAAAACGUGCUAUAUUUCCAGGUAGGGCGGAAGGAUAAAGAUCUUAACGCUAGUUAUUUUGAAACUAUAUUAAAGCCGGGUGUUAUCUCUGUGGAAGCAGGAUGGCUACGUCAGUUAAAGCUACGAAGAAGGAGAAAAGGAAGCCAGUCAGGGUGAAAACGUCCCUUAACAACCCGUACGACAUAAAGUGGAAGCCGUUAGAAAAAGGGAACGCGCGAUUCAUCCUGAAAACCGUGACAGAGAAACUCGGCUCGCUCGAUCUCCGGAAGCGACACGUUAAAGUUUAUCGCAAGUGGCGAAGUAAAGAAAAGGCCAAGAAAGGAAACACUGAUUCGGUGGACACCGCUGAACCGACUCAGGAAUCAAAGAAUCUAGGUGGCUCGGAUUCUGUGGACAACGUUGAACCGACUAAGGAAUCAAAUAAUCUAGGUUGUUCGGAUUUUGUGGAGAACAUCGAACCGACUCGGGAAUCAAAGAAUCAAGGCUGGACCGAUAAGCGCCUAAGGAACGAGCUCGCCAUCGGCAUCAACGAGGUCACGAAAUGCCUGGAGAAGAACGAGCUCGGUCUGGUUCUGGUGUGUGACUCGGUGAAGCCCCCACACAUGACGAGCCAUCUUAUUCCGCUGAGUCAAACCCGCUCGGUUCCCGCGUGCCAAGUGCCGAGUCUGAGCGCGAGUCUCGCUGGACCGCUCGGUCUCACCAGCGUGUUGGCGCUUGGGUUCAAACGCCAAAGCGGCGCGUUUGCGGAUACGAUCGCGGCUCUGACGCCUAAAGUGCCUCUGUUCGACGUGUCCUGGGUGUCUACAGGGACGUCUGAACCGGAGAGAAGGAGAAAAAGAAAACUGGAAGAUUCCCUUGUUGUUAAAAACCCAGUCGAUUUACUGCAACCUCUUAAAGUGAAGAAAAUCGUCCCAAAUCCUUCAAAAACCCGCAAACUGAAGACAAAGAAAGCGAAGAAGUGACAAGUCACCGAACAUGAACAUUUCUCAACACAUGGACGAUUCCUGCCCUCUUCAUAUCCCUGGAAUAAUGCCACUUUAUUCCACUUAGACAUUUUCAUCAUGCAUGAGCUCACAAUCUUUAUUUAUUUUGUGGCAAUGAAAUAGUGAAUCUCAGAAAUGAGCAUGUACACAAAUCUAAUUUAACAUAGUGUGGCUAAGAAUAAAGAACAUAAGAGAAUCUAAGCCCUGAUCCUCUGUCCUUCACAGUGAA